UGCAGCCGCGCAGGGCCAGGGGCGAAGCAGCAGCAGAAGUUGCGAGCGCUGCCAGGUCGCGGGGCAGCUCCUCCGCGUGCAGGCGCCUCUUCCUGGCACGCGAGGUGGCGGAGGGCGAUUCCAGGGUUCGGGGCAAACGACCUCCUAGGAGACCCCCUCCCCGAGAAGUUUAAAGGAAGCGCGCAUUUCAUUUUUCGAGUUGCAUGAUUUAGACGAGCGGGGGCUAGCAUUAAUUCUUCUUCUUGUGAUACCUUGCGAAGGGGAGGGCAGAAUUGCCUCUCCCGCAUUAUUCUGCCUCUUCCCAAUUAGAACUGUAAAGAGGUCACCCUUAGACGUAGAGAUGGCUUCCAGUCCAAAUGAUUCGGAUCCGAACUCCCAGCAAGGGGACAAUGAUCCGAAUCCAAAUAUCAGCCCUCAAGAAGAGCUGGACUUCUCGAUUUUAUUUGAUUAUGACUAUUCGCAUCCAAUAGCAGAAGAACCGACUCCUUCACAUAAAAUCAUCAGCCCACCCACUGGAGUUACUUACCCUCAUGAUGAUGUCUCGGAUUAUGGCCUCAAGCCAUACCCCUUCGCUUUGUCUAGCCUUUCGGCAGAUCACAUGGGCAGAUAUGGACAGCCAGAUAGCAUAGGGUCAAAAUGCUACUUGGACCCUGUCAAGGCUGCAGGUCCCCCUACUUUGAGCCCUAGGAUUGAGAUAACACCAUCUUAUGAACUGAUUCACUCGGGGGGCCCCUUCAGCAGCAGAGACACAGAUCUAUUGGUAGAGCAUCAGUCCAGCUCAGCUACUGCUAGCCCAAGGUUUACCCUGCCAGUCCCUGGCUUUGAGAGCUACCGAGAACCGCUGUGCCUGAGCCCUCCUAGCAGUGGCUCCUCUGCAAGCUUCAUUUCAGAGACAAAUUUCUCUCCUUAUACUUCACCAUGCGUUUCACCAAAUAAUGGCCCUAGUGAUGACCUUUGUCCACAGUUUCAAAACACCCAUGCUCAUUAUUCCCCUAGAACCUCGCCAAUAAUGUCCCCACAAGCAACUGUCGUGGAGGAUACCUGCUUGGGGCCACGUUCACCAUCACCACGUCCCAACUCAAGGUCGUCAUCGCCAGGUGCAAAACGGAGGUACUCUUGCACUGAGCUCUACGGGAGUCAGCACCCGAACACUUCUCCACGGCAGUCGAGGACCCCUUCUCCACAGGCCUCUCCCCACGUCUCCUUGAGAGAAGACGGAGCAACAGUCACUUACACCCAGUUGUCCACCUCCUCUAGUCUCAUGGAUGCAAUGAACAAUCUCACCACUGAUCCUUCCUGUGGAGUUCCCACAAAAAUAUGGAGGACCACCCCAGAUCCUUCGCCGAUGGCUUCCCACAAAGCCAGUAUGCCAUGUCAUGUGCUUCAACCCAUUGAAUACAUUGGGUCCUGUGAGCAGGACAACCGAAGGAACCCACCACCAGAUUCAAUCCUUUUAGUGCCACCAUCUUGGCCAAAGCAGCUGAUGCCUGCGAUACCCAUCUGCAGCAUUCCUGUACAGUCUCUUCCGCCGCUUGAGUGGCCCCUUUCCAGCCAUUCAGGCUCUUACGAAUUACAGAUUGAGGUGCAACCCAAACCCCACCAUCGCGCUCAUUACGAGACAGAAGGGAGUCGGGGGGCAGUCAAAGCCCCAACAGGGGGACACCCUGUGGUUCAGCUUCAUGGCUACAUGGACCACAAGCCCUUGGGCCUUCAGAUCUUCAUUGGAACAGCAGAUGAGCGGAUUCUUAAACCACAUGCUUUUUACCAAGUCCAUCGUAUCACGGGGAAAACAGUCACUACCACGAGCUUUGAGAAAAUCAUUGGCAACACCAAAGUGUUGGAAAUCCCUCUGGAGCCAAAAAACAACAUGAAAGCAACCAUUGACUGCGCAGGAAUUCUCAAGCUGAGAAAUGCAGACAUUGAAUUACGGAAAGGAGAAACGGAUAUUGGCCGAAAGAACACUCGUGUGCGAUUGGUGUUCCGUGUGCACAUCCCUGAAUCCAGUGGCCGGAUAGUUUCUUUGCAAAUUGCUUCCAACCCCAUUGAAUGCUCCCAGCGCUCCGCUCAUGAACUUCCGAUGGUUGAAAGACAAGAUGUGGACACCUGCCUUGUAUAUGGUGGACAGCAAAUGAUUUUAACCGGCCAGAAUUUUACUGCAGAAUCCAAAGUCGUCUUCACAGAGAAGACACCAGAUGGGCAGCAGGUUUGGGAGAUGGAGGCCACAGUGGACAAAGAUAAGAGCCAAUCUAAUAUGCUGUUUGUAGAGAUUCCAGAAUAUCGGAACAAGCACAUUCGUGCCCCUGUCAAGGUGAAUUUCUAUGUGAUCAAUGGGAAACGGAAAAAAAGUCAGCCACAGCAUUUUACCUACCAUCCAGUGCCUUCCAUCAAAACAGAGCCCAUUGAUGACUAUGAUCCAAGUUUAAUCUGCAAUACGGUACACAGUGGUCUGAGAACAGUAACACAGCCUUAUUAUUCACAUCAUACAAUGGUCUCGGAGUCUCCUUCCUGUCUUGUGGCUACAAUGGCUUCCUGCCAGCAGUUGCAUUCAAAUCUCUCUUCUCCUGAAUCCCAAUAUCCUUCACAAAACCCAGGAGCUAUAAUAUAUCAAAGAAGCAAGUCUCUCAGUCCAAGCCACCUGGGCUACCAGCAGUCCAACUUGAUGGGUGCCCAGGUUUCCAUCCCAGAUGUUCAUAGGUCAGUGCUUGUGCACACAGGAUCCCCUAGCCAAAGUUCAGCAAUGCUCCAUCAUUCUCCAGCCAAUCAGCCAUCUUCUCCAGUGAUUCAUUGCUCGCCCACAGCCAAUCAUCAGCUGAGAUGUGAAAGCCAUCAAGAGUUUCAGCACAUAAUGUGUAGUGAAAAUUUCACAUCCAGUGGAGUGAGGCCCCACCAGCCUCAGGUCAGCCAAGCACAAAGGUUAAGCCCAAGUUCAUAUCCUACUGUGAUUCAGCAGCAGAGAACAGCCAAAAACGGACCACCAGUAAGCGAUCAGAAGGAAAUGGUCUCAGCUGGAGUCACUGUAAAACAGGAACAGAAUCUCGACCAAGCUUAUUUGGAUGAUGUUAAUGAAAUUAUCAGGAAAGAGUUUUCUGGACUCCCUGCCAGAAGUCAGACAUAGAAGAUGAGGUUUGUGAGACAACUUUUGCAGAAUUCUUCCGUACCUGACUUCUUAGGCUCUUCUGUCCCGCCUGCCUUUUGUUUCCUCAGCUGAUCAUCUCAAGGCACCAGUUCAACACCAGGAACAAUGCACUGGUAUCCAGCUGACAAUUUUGAGUAAGCCACUCAGCACCUCUCACUGUAAACAUUAAACAAAACUCUCUUCCUUUUGUCCAAAGAUCAUGUAGUUCUCAUGUAACCUUGCAAGUGCCUGACACAGUUUAUUGAGAUGUCUACGGAUGCAUCCAUGGACUGUAAACAGCAAUGCAGAAAAGGGGCAUCAGUCCAGAAACUUGGAUUGAACUGAAGCAUGGUUGUGUAUGUGAAUGCAUGUUAGGGAUGCUGGAUGAAUUUUAUAAUUGCCAACUCAAUAAAAAAAUAAUGAGCUAGGUUUCUCCAAUGGUCACAUACACAGCCAGAAACAAAAAUUAAAACUUCCAAUACUCAAGCAUUGAACCCCCCAAAUGUAAGAGAACAGAUCUGCAUAUGCAACAUUAUUUUUGCUCUUUUCCAAACAGAAGCAUGACUGUUACUCUGCAGUUUCACAGGUGUUUAAAAAAAACAAAAAACUUGCAGUGCAACAAGGAGGCUGCUGCAAUGGAGAAUGGGUGAAAAUCAUUUGAUACGGGCACAGCUUCUUGUGAAAAUGUAAGGUAGCUUUAUGGAUUGUAGCUUUGCUCUGUUCCGAGAUGCACCAAAUGUAUCUUUGCAAAGAUGUAUCUUUACUGUGUUCUUAAGAUGCACCAAAACCAUAUUUUCUCUGCUGUGGACCAGAAAGUAUAUAAACUCAAAACACAAUGCAGCCAACAAUUAAGUUUUCUUAAAGCCUACCAAUAUCAGCAGAAGAGAGUUGAAUUUAUACUUGAAACUCUGAAAUUAAUGUUAAAGUUAAAAUAUUUUAACUUUGGUUGGAGUAUGCAUUCUAUUUUUUAAAAUUCCUUGGAUGCAGCAUUUCACUGUACAGUGUACAGAAUUGAAACUGAUUUAUUUUAGAUUCCUUCCUAUCCCUACGAAUAACGCAAUGUUUUUUAAAAGUAAAACAAUCAUCUCAACUUGAAUUGGAAACUGCUUCUAUGGUUUUACAGUGGGAAUUUUGCAGAUCCAUCAAAUCUUUGAAUUCAUGGUAAAAAUCACAAAGAUGACAUAAUUACAUUCAUAGGAAAUGUGAGAUGCUGAGUAACUUAAUUGGUUAACCAAAGAAAUGUGAGAUGAAGAGUAACUUAAUUGGUUAAAGCACGUAGGGCUUUUAGUGUUCAUUCUAGCAGCUACCAAAAUGCCCAGAAAUCUCAGAGUCCCUUUUUAUUUGUGCUGUAACAAGGUGUUUUCCCUCCAGAAUGUUAAUUUUUUUCCACCAAGGACUAUCACCGUGUAUCCAGCAGUUAGAUGUUGUUUCUCUCAAAGUUCUGUUGCAAGAAGAAACCACAGUACGCUUUUGCUCAGUAGAUGUGGUAGUCUCUUUCCUUCAUCCCUUGCAAAAUUAAAACUAGAUGAGUCUAGAUAAAUCACAUGGUACAACUUGUUUGGAACUGCAUAAUUUUCAGACUACAGUUGGGAAGGUGGCAACUCUGCCACAUGUUUUAGCAGCACACCUAGACUUAUCCACACGCCAUCAAAUAAGGUUCUUAAAGAACUAAUAAAACUUGCUAAAUACUGGCUAACAAUUGAAUUCUGGCUUCUUGGGUGUAGUGGAUCCUAAUGUAUAAGUUUAUAAAUGGGCAUAGAAAGUAGGACUCGUAGUAGUACAUUUGCAAUAUGUUUAUCUAUGCAAUGCAAGAAAAUAUAGCUACUUAGCUACAAAUUAUGGUGGAAAAGCACCCUUGCAGAUGAUCAAGUUAGAAAUUAUUAGAUCCAUCAUUAUUCAGUGACUUUCAAUGAAAGUUAGUGAAAAUUGGGAGUUCUGCAGUUUCUUUUUAAGAAUAUGCCAAUAAAGAAACAACUAUUAUAUUUGCCUUCCCCCUCCCCCCCCCCCAUUUUUGGUGUAGGAGCCAAAAAGCAGUUAAAGGUGAUCUUGUUUAGCAAGGCACGUUCUUACAUCAAGAUUAGCAGGGACAAACAUUUAUAACAAGUCUGUCACUUCAAAUAAUAAACAGCCCCCAUGCGACCCCUGCAUUCUAAUAUGUAGACUAUCACCAAAAGAUUUUGUUUGUUUAAAAGAUCACAUUGGAAACUCAGUGUAUCACUCGGUUUCACUUGAUGCAUAAAUAUGAUUCAAGUUCAUUGUGCAAAUGACCAUCAGGGUGAAAUUAGAUACUGUCAUAGCUUCAUGGCCCCUUAUUCUCAGUAUCCUCAACUGUAAAAUAAAAUAUGUACCUGAGAAAUUAAAUGUAUGGUUGCACAUGGCAGGAUAUUAUAACAAACAUUAUACUAAAUAUAUAGUAACAAUUUUGCCAAAAAUGAUGCAACAUUCAAACACCUUGUAGAAAUUUAACAGAAGCAAAAUACUCUAAAGAAGGGAGAGUUGGCAAUUAUCUCCACUGACUUGCUGUUUAUAUGUAAAUGUUAGACCAGUGUGUUUCAAACUUGGC